AAGUGGUCCGUGAACCCGGUCAUCACGUCGGUGCAGAACCACCAGGUGGCAGUCUGGGACAUUCCCUUCCCGGCGGUCACAUUCUGCAACCAGAACAAGUACCAGUACUCCAAGCUCUUCGAACUUGCAUCGAAGAAGCCGAAUCGAGACGAGGUGAUAAGACGCUACGGUACGUUUCUGGAGUCGGCUUUCUCCGCCGACGAAAUCCUGGACUUCGCGGACUACGACGGAUCCGCUUCGGACUACGACUACGACGACGUGAAGGCACCCCUCAACGACAAGGAGAUCGCGGAGCUCAUCACGAACGUGAGUCCCCGGGGCGUUCGCCGUCCGCGAUCGCGGGCGAUCGGGUGG